AUGGAUAACUCUACAAUGAACUCCACCACACCUGAAGCAUCCACAAACUCCACAACUCAUUCCCUUGAGAUACAGAACGGUCUGGAAUUUUGUGUGUACAUCAUAAAUUUCCUGUUUGGUCUUCCUACACACUCCUAUGUUAUAUGGCUCAUCAUCACAGGAAGUGGAAUUGCACCAGCAUUCUUCAACCUCAGUCUCUCUAUUUGUGAGAGUUGUGUUUGUCUGAAUUGUUUGUUCUUUGCACUGUCAAUUUGGUUUUCAAGUCGUGAUAUAUCUUACGUAGCACAGUUUUUAACAGGUCUAUCCAUCACUGGUCGUCCUCUGUUUCAGUGUCUGAACUGUUUUGAGCGUUACCUGGCAGUGGUUCAUCCUGUAAUCUUUCUGAAGUUCAAACCCCUCAGAUACAGAUUGAUCUGUUCCACUGUGGCCUGGAUUAUUUGUCUUGGAUCCUGUUUGCUCUGCGUGUCUUUUUCAGUCUCACCCAACCAUAAUGCACUUACAUGGUUCUACUCAAUGCAGUUCCUACUUUUCUUCUCCAUUCAGUUGUUCUGCUGUUUGGCUGUUCUCAGAGCUCUGAAGCAGUCAGGACCAGGAGAGAGAGGGAGAGAGAGAGAGGACGAAAACCACAUGAAGAGAAAAGCCUUUUAUUUCAUUCUUAUAACUACUGUGAAUGUGGUUAUCAUAUAUGUCCCACUUAUUAUCUUGGGAUUCUUUAUUAUACUGACACAACAGUAUAGUCAGGGUCUUUUGUUCACUGGUUUAAUUUGUUAUGUGCUGGCUGGUUUUGUACAGCCUAGAGUGCCGCGGGUCGAGAAGCUCUACAGGUUAUGGCAGGAUGAUAAGUCUGUGUGGGGGUAUGCUUUUGAGUUUUUGGCGCUGUCCUCAAAACUGGGAUACAAUCAGGCCUACCUGAUUGAUCGUUUUAGGGAGGGUCGUAAUGAGCCCAUUAGGUCCUGUGUCCCAGAUGAGGGUGAGGAUGGAGACUUUCUCAAGACUGUCAGGCUGGCCAUGAAAUGGGAGGUGGUUGUUUCAGCCUGUGUCUCGGGAGGUUUCAAGUCUUCAUCCCAGUCCAAGGAUGACGCCAUUCUGCCACCUGAGGCAGACAUCUCAUCCAUUUCCUCCAAGUCCCGGAGGAGGAGAAAGAAACCUGGCCCGUCAGUUGAGCUGCCAGUGUCCAUGGCCACGGAGGCCACCCCUCUGCCGCUGCAAGCACCCAAGGCCACAGAGGCUGUCCUGCUGCCAGAGUCCAUGGCCACGGAGGCCUGCAAACCAACACAUCUAGUAAUGCUGCUAUAUCAGUUCAAACCUUUACACCUAACCAAGCAGCCGAGUCAAGAAAAGCAGUCAUGCCAGCUCAAGCCUGCUCGUCCUAUCGAGCCUGCUCACCCAGUCAAGUUACCAAGCCAUGUCACUUAG